AUGAGUGCAACCACCUCAGAGGAUCAAGACAUGUUCUGUGAGAAGGCAGUUGCCCUCAUUGUUGACCUCUGCCUGGACAGCAGCCCUUACCUGGAUUCUGAAACAUGCCAGGAUUUCCUGUUGCUUCUGACCAAUGAAAACCCCAACAUCUCCAGCUCAGACAAUUGCAAUACAGCAUCUCUCGAGCUGAGCAAUGGUUGGGCUUCCUCGCGCUGCCAUAGAAACGCGGUCCCGUGCGCGCUGCUGUGUAGAGCUCAUUCUGAGGGAGGCUUGCGGGAAGAGAAGAGCCGUUUGUGGCAGGGGGUGAUAAAAACUAAAAAAGCGAGUUUAAGUGGAAAUACCAGAAGUGAGGAGAACUUAGUGGUAAGAAAACACAUUUCUUUCAGUCUCCUACUGCUUGUAUUUGUCGUUUGCGGUUUGGCCCUGCUGGGUGUCAUCAGCAUCGCCACCUGGAAGCUGUGCUGGGUGCCCUGGCGCAGCACAGCACUUUCCUCCAGUGCCACAGCCCUUGCCCCUACCCAUCAAGAAAGAGAGAAACACAGAGAAGGUCACGGCAACUACUGCCCACCACCCCUCAGAGACGUCAUGGCAGCAGACAAGCUGAAGGGUCCUGGGAACUUUCUGGAGGCGGCAGUGAAGAUAAGUCAUACGUCGCCAGAUAUCCCUGCAGAUGUGCAGCUGUCCAUGAAGGAUCAUCUGCUGAGACGCACGCGUAUCUCACGGCAGACAACUGAACCGGCCUCCUCUAACAGGCAUAGCUCCUUCAAGAAGCACCUCCCCAGACAGAUGCACCAUGUGACAAGUCUGGACCGCGGAGGGGAGUUUUUGGAUGUGGAGGACCAUCCAACUUGCACCGCAGCAUCCCUUGGGCGCAUCCAACCAGAACUCUACAAACAGUGCACAAUGGAAGCAGAGGACUCAUCUAAGAAUGACAAUGGUAAAACAUGCGGCAAGAUUAACUUCUCCCUUAAGUACGAUUAUGAGGGAGAGCUCCUCCUUGUCACCAUUCUCAAGGCUUUCGACCUGCCAGCGAAGGAUCUGUGCGGCAGCUCAGAUCCAUACGUCAAAAUCUACCUGCUGCCCGACCGCAAGCGUAAGUUCCAGACCAGGGUCCACCGCAAGACACUCAACCCAACGUUUGACGAAACCUUCCAGUUCCCCGUCCCGUACGAGGAGCUGGUGUCCCGAAAGCUCCACUUGAGCGUGUUUGACUUUGACCGCUUCUCGAGACACGACAUGAUCGGGGAGGUGAUACUGGAAAACCUUUUCGAAGCUUCCGACCUCUCACGGGAGACAUCCAUCUGGAAAGACAUUCAAUACGCUACCAGCGAGAGUGUGGAUUUAGGAGAGAUAAUGUUCUCUCUCUGCUACUUGCCAACUGCAGGGAGACUCACACUUACUGUCAUCAAAUGUAGGAACCUCAAAGCCAUGGAUAUUACGGGUUAUUCAGAUCCGUAUGUGAAGGUGUCACUCAUCUGCGACGAAAGGCGCUUGAAAAAAAAGAAAACGUCCAUAAAAAAGAAUACUCUGAAUCCAACAUAUAAUGAGGCGAUCAUAUUUGACAUCCCUCCGGAGAAUAUGGAUCAAGUCAGCUUGCACAUAUCAGUUAUGGAUUAUGAUCUAGUGGGACAUAAUGAGAUCAUUGGAGUCUGUCGUGUAGGGAGCCAUGCUGAGGGACUGGGCAGAGAUCACUGGAAUGAAAUGCUAGCUUACCCUCGAAAACCCAUCGCUCACUGGCAUUCACUAGUAGAACCCAAGAAGUCUGAGAAGGAGUGGAAAACUCGCACGGCAAGCUUUGACAGUCAGGGUUCUUGUCCCUCUCCCAGACUUCCAUCUAGCCCAUAAGGGAGGUGGAGCCUCUCUCUACGUCUUCACACAAGCCAAGGAUCUCCCAGGAAGCUGUGGUGAUAUUCAGAUAUGUCCUUAGACAACAUAUGUAUGUGAGGACAUGUGUCAUGGAACGGGAAAAUAGGAUGAUGCCGUCCAAACAUUUCAUGCAUAUAGUGCAGCCGAGCCUAGCCAAGUUUGAGCUUUUUUGUGUUUGGGUUAAACUGUUGCUCAAAAAGGUUGAUUAAUAUAUUUCAAGGUAUAGUCAAGUUCCCCCAGAAGAAGUUUUUCGUUUAUAUAUAUAUUCUAUGAUUGGUAGAUCUAUAAUAUAUUUUCCUUGACAUUAUUAUAGUAUGGAGAUAUAGUUUAUUAUAUAAUGUAUUUAGCCAUAAAUUUUAGUUCUUUUUGGUAAAUACACAAAUAGAUUCCUAUAUAUCAGUUAUCCCAUUGAUCUUCCUUUUGUUUGUGAAUUAGUGAAAUUAUUUUGUAACCAAAAAGACGAACGGCAAGAGUCAUUUGUAGCCUCUCUAUGUGUAUUUCAUCGCGAGAGCUUCGUUUUGGUUUUGUCUGUGUUUUGCUUGGAUUUAGAAUGUUAACAUAAAUCUUUUCAUUUCCUGUUAUAUAAAAAAAAACAGUUUGCUAUGAAAGUUCAGCACAGUCAAAACGCUCAGCUUUAUCCUCCACGAUCCAUGUACAUCAGGCAUAACAGCAUAAAUAAAGUAAUUGUAGCUUCAUGAUGAAAACCAAGGAUUGUGUUGAGAGCAUGCCAAAUGUAAAGGAGUCUUGAAUUGAUAAGAAGACUUGAAACCAUUAUGUACUGUACAUUUAGUUUUAAGUCUUCAUUGUAAUCCUUUAUCGUUUUACAAAGACUCAAUUUUUUAUUUUAUAUAAACUGUGACAAACGUUCAUUGUUGUAUCUUACUUUUCGGUGUUCUUUCUUCAGAUAAAUAAGAUUUAUUCAUUUGUCAGGCUGUAUUACACUGCAACAAUGAUGGGAUUGUGUAUAAUGUUUCUGUAUGAAAUGCUUAGUACAGUGCUUAGAAGCAACUUUACACUUUUAUAUUGAGAAUUUCUAUUUAUUAUAAUGUACAGUAAUUGU